AUGUCCAAGGGAGAAAAUCCCCCUGGCUCUUGGGCCCUGCCAGCAGGAGGCGCCGGGGCGGGGGGGGGGAGACGUAGACGGGGGCUACCCGAGCCUAAUCGCCAUCCAUCUUUCUUUCUCUGCAGGGAGGACAUCACCUACGAGGAGGAGGAGGAAGAGGAGGAAGUGGUAGAAGAGGAGGAAGAUGCAGCCGAGGAGGGACCCCAAGAACCGGAGCCCCCCAAGCCAGCUCCCCCGGCCCGGCCACUGGCCGACGUCCCACCCCUCCGGCGCAAAUCUUCCGCCAAUUACCGGGCCUACGCGACGGAGCCACACGUCAAGAGAAAAUCCAAGAUUACGGCAUCUCGGAAAUUACAGCUCAAGGAGCUGUGCCAGGAGCUGCACGCCCGCGUGGACCGUGUGGACGAGGAACGCUAUGACAUGCACGUUCGGGUCACCAAGAACAUCAACGAGAUCGAGGAUCUGAACCAGAAGAUCUUUGACCUGCGGGGGAAGUUCCAGCGCCCGGCCCUGCGGCGGGUCCGGCUCUCGGCCGAUGCCAUGAUGCAGGCGCUGCUGGGCGCCAAGCACAAGGUCUCCAUGGACCUGCGGGCCAACCUCAAGCAGGUCAAGAAGGACGACACGGAGAAGGAGAACCGGGAAGUGGGCGACUGGCGGAAGAACAUCGAUGCCCUGAGCGGCAUGGAGGGGAGGAAGAAGAAAUUCGAGACCUCGGGGGCUGGGCAGGCCUGA